CUACUUUUUUUCCACGUUACUCUUUUAACAUUCUCUCACGCUCUCUCGCACAAACUACAGCCACAAAUUCAUGGGUUCUCCUCCUUGUUCUAUAAAGAUGCCAAAAUGUUUUGGUAUCAGAUUCAAUUUAGUUACCACUCCUAAUCAGGCUAAAUAAAUCAUAAAACGACGUUGACAGAUCAUCACAAAUCCCAAUUGCAGUUUCUCCGCUUCUUCAAAUCCUUAGCCCCUCUCUCUCUUUUUCUCUCUCUCUCUCUGUGUGACACCAAACAGCCAGAGAUUCAUGGGUUUUCCUUCUGUUUCUAUGAAGAUGCCACAAUGCUUUGGUAUCAACUUCCUGCUAAUUCUGAUAACUUACUUCAAGAUUGCUUUCACAAGGUUCCUCACCCAAUUGUGCCUGCUUAAGCCGCAACAACAAGCUUAUACUACUGAGGAAGAGACCACAAAUUAUGUUCUCAUAAUCGACAGACUUUGCCCAACGCCCAUUCCUGUCCCUGUCAAUAUUCUCACAGCCCUGAUCAAGAGGAGACUUCCAGUGACAAAAUUCCAUAAUAUCCUCCAUAGGUUGGGAAAGGAUGAAGACGAAGAUGAAGAGUGCAUAUGCCCUGUUUGCGCAGAUUCUAUAAAGAACAGAGACGAAAUCAGAGAGUUAUGCAACUGUUCUCAUGUGUUUCACAAGGAUUGCCUAGACAAAUGGGUAGAUGAGGGUCAGGUUACUUGCCCAUUAUGCAGAUCCAUGCUGUUUCCAGAAAACAUGUGGACAAGAUCUGCAGGAGGUCCAUGGAUGAUUGAGAGAAGUGCUCUGUUUUCUGGUGGGAACCCUGCGAUGGAAGAAAAUUAAAAAUGAGACAUUUAAGAUCCCUUCUGCUUCUAGGUAUAUUAUGGACUGCCAGAAAUCUAAUGAAGAUCUGUAAGUGAUGCAGAGGAAUUUAUAUCAUCUCUGAUGAUCAUCCACCAAUACAAGCAAAGGAAGGUGUUAUCAACUCAGUAUCAUCCCCACUCAUCUCUACUGUAAAGUUCGGGGAAAAAGAAAAUUCUCUAGUUUAAAGUUCGAAAAUAAAUAAAUCUCUAGAGUAAAGGUUCUUUCGGAUCUGCCUGUGCUUGCAUUGCAUUAUUUACUUUUUUUUUUUUUAUAUUAUAAUUUAUAAAUUGAUUGUUACAAUCUUAUUUAAUUUUA